GAACCCACAACCACCACGGCUGCACCCACAACAACAACAACUGAACCCACAACCACCACGGCUGCACCAACAACAACAACAACUGAACCCAUAACCACCACGGCUGCACCCACAACAACAACAACUGAACCCACAACCACCACGGCUGCACCCACAACAACAACAACUGAAUCCACAACCACCACGGCUGCACCCAAAACAACAACAACUGAACCCACAACCACCACGGCUUCACCCACAACAACAACCACCAUGGCUGCACCCACAACAACAACAACUGAACCCACAACCACCACGGCUGCACCCACAACAACAACAACUGAACCCACAACCACCACGGAUGCACUCACAACAACCACAACCACGGCUGGACCCACAACAACAACAGCUGCGCCCACAACCACUACGGCUGCACCAAAAACCACAACCACCACGGUUGCACCUACAUCCAUGACAACUGAACCCACAACCACCACGGCUGCACCCACAACAACAACCACCACAGUUGCACCAACAACAACAACAACUGAACCCACAACCACCACGGAUGCAGUCACAACAACAACAACCACGGCUGCACCCACAACAACAAUAACUGAAGCCACAACCACCACGGCUGCACCAACAACAACAACAACUGAACCCACAACCACCACGGCUGCACCAACAACAACAACCACCACUGCUGCACCCACAACAACAACUGAACCCACAACCACUACGGCUGCACCAACAACCACAACCACCACAUCUGCACCCACAACAACAACAACUGAAGCCACAACCACCACGGCUGCACCAACAACAACAACAACUGAACCCACAACCACCACGGCUGCAACAACAACAACAACUGAAUCCACAACCACCACGACUGCACCCACAACAACAACAACUGAACCCACAACCACCACGGCUGCACCCACAACAACAACAACUGAAGCCACAACCACCACGGCUGCAUCCACAACAACAACAACUGAACCCACAACCACCACGGCUGCACCCACAACAACAACAACUGAACCCACAACCACCACGGCUGUACCCACAACAACAACAACUGAACCCACAAGCACCACGGCUGCACCCACAACAACAACCACCACGGCUGCAACAACCACAACAACUGAACCCACAAUCAUCAUGGCUGCACCCACAACAACAACAACUGAAGCCACAACCACCACGGCUGCAUCCACAACAACAACAACUGAACCCACAACCACCACGGAUGCACCCACAACAACAACAACUGAACCCACAACCACCACGGCUGCACCCACAACAACAACAACUGAACCCACAACCACCACGGCUGUACCCACAACAACAACAACUGAACCCACAACCACCACGGCUGCACCCACAACAACAACCACCACGGCUGCAACAACCACAACAACUGAACUCACAAUCAUCAUGGCUGCACCCACAACAACAACAACUGAACCCACAACCACCACUGCUGCACCCACAACAACAACAACUGAACCCAUAACCACCACGGCUGCACCCAAAAUAACAACAACUGAACCCACAACCACCACGGCUUCACCCAAAAUAACAACAACUGAACCCACAACCACCACGGCUGCACCCACAACAACAACCACCACAGUUGCACCAACAACAACAACAGCUGCGCCCACAACCACUACGGCUGCACCAACAACCACAACCACCACGGUUGCACCUCCAUCCAUGACAACUGAACCCACAACCACCACGGCUGCACCCACAACAACAACCACCACAGCUGCACCACCAACAACAACAACGACAUCUGAACCCACAAACACCACGGCUGCACCCACAACAACAACAACUGAAUCCACAACCACCACGGCUGCACCCACAACAACAACCACCACAGCUGCACCACCAACAACAACAACGACAUCUGAACCCACAAACACCACGGCUGCACCCACAACAACAACAACUGAAGCCACAACCACCACGGCAGCACCCACAACAACAACCACCACGUCUGCACCCACAACCACUACGGUUGCACCAACAACCACAGCCACCACGGCUGCACCCACAUCCAUAACAACUGAACCCAUAACCACCACGGCAGCACCCACAACAACAACCACCACAGCUGCACUUACAACUACCACAGCUGCACCAGCAAUUACAACAACCAUAGCUGCACCCAUAACCACAACAACCACUACCGCACCCACAGCCACAACAACCACUUCUGCACCCACAGUCACAAAAACCGCGACGACCCCCACAGUCACAACAACCACUACUGCACCCACAGUCACAAAACCCACGGCUGCACCCACAGCCACAACUACCACUACUGCACCCACAGUCACAAAACCCAUGGCUGCACCCACCGUCACAAAACCCAUGGUUGCACCCACAGCCACAACUACCACUACUGCACCCACAGUCACAAAACCCAUGGUUGCACCCACAGCCACAACUACCACUACUGCACCCACAGUCACAAAACCCAUGGUUGCACCCACAGCCACAACUACCACUACUGCACCCACAGUCACAAAACCCAUGGCUGCACCCACCGUCACAAAACCCAUGGUUGCACCCACAGUCACAAAACCCAUGGUUGCACCCACAGCCACAACUACCACUACUGCACCCACAGUCACAAAACCCAUGCCUGCACCCACAGCCACAACUACCACUACUGCAUCCACAGUCACAAAAACCACGGCGACCCCCACAGUCACAACAACCACUACUGCACCCACAGUCACAAAACCCACGGCUGCACCCACAGCUACAACUACCACUGCUGCACCCGCAGCCACCAAACCUACGGCUGCAUCCACAUCUACCACGACAGCACACACAGCUACCACCUCUUCCGCCCUCAUUAACAAUAUAAGCUUCUUUUCAGUUGUUGUGGUUGUGAUGACACAUGUACUUCAAUGA